AUGAAAGUGUUCGUCACUGGAGCUACGGGAUUUAUAGGAUCAUACGUUGUCAAAGAACUACAAAAGAAUAGGAACCAUGAAGUUUGGGGUUUGGCUAGAUCUGAUAUUGCCGCCGAAAAGCUCGAGAAACAAGGAAUCAAAGUCGUUCGAGGAUCUUUAGAAGAUACAGACAUACUUCAUAAGGCUGCAAAAGAAUCGGAUGGAGUAAUUCAUCUGGGUUAUAUACAUGAUUUUAAUGAUAAAGAAUUCAAAUUUGCUAAGGUUGACGAAAAUGCCAUUCGAGCAAUGUGUUCCGCCCUAGAAGGAUCCAACAAACCAUUCAUCGGUACUUCCGGUUUACUAGGUGUCGGAGGUCCAGAUUCAGAUUCGGCUUUGGAGACAGAUCGAGCAGCGGGAUUCAGACAAGUCUCUGAAGAUGUACUUCAUUCCUUUGCCGUCAAGGGAGUACGAACCGUGGUGAUUCGACCUAGUCCAAUCGUACAUGGAAAGGGUGAUCACAUGUUCUUACCAUUCCUCAUUGACAACGCUAAACAAAAAGGUUACGCGGGAUAUUUAGGUCAAGGUUCAAAUCAAUGGACAGGUGUACAUGUAAAGGAUUUAGCUGUUUUAUAUAGAUUAGCUCUAGAGAAAGAAAGUGUCAAAGGUGGAUCGACGUUGCAUGGUGUAGAUAGGGAUAACGAAGGUAUAACAAUGAAAGAAUUAGCUACAAGUAUCUCAAAACAUCUGAAUAUUCCUUUAAAGAGCUUGAACGAUGAAGAAGGCCAAGAGUACUUUGGAUGGAUGUAUUGGUUCAUGACUCAGGAUUCUAGACCUGGUACGAAGAUCACGUUGGAAUUGACGGGUUGGGAAAGGAAGGAGAAUACUUUGAAGGAAGACCUGGAAAGUGGGGUUUAUUUUUAG